UCGUCAUGUAAUGAGAGGAACCUUGGAUGAGAGUAUUAUUGUUUUGUGGUGACGAGUGAUAUAAGACAUACGAGAAAAACAGAUGUAUCCUCCCAAACACUCAAAAGUACAGUCAUGUACUUAUUAUUGCAGCAAAAAUAGCUUGGUUGCUUUGAACACUUUAUAUAUUUUCUUGGCCUUUAUCCUUAUUGGAGUCGCAGUAUAUGCACGAGUCACAGCACUUGUAACCAAUUUGCCAAUUCUAGGAGGUGUGAUAGCAUGUGGUGUCUUUCUUCUGUUCCUUUCUAUUUUUGGGAUGGUUGGUGCUAUCAGACAUAGCCAAGUCAUACUAUUCUUUUAUAUGAUUAUUCUAGUACUUCUAUUUAUUAUUCAAAUGGCUGUAUCAAUUGGAGCUUUAGCUGUAACACAUGACCAGCAAGAGAAGCUAAUGGAAGCAGGUUGGCAAAAGCUACCUAGCAAACUACAAAGCAAAAUACAACUUGCAAGAGAUUGUUGUGGAUUCAAAAACAAGACCUCUGCUCAUCCACAAUGCGAAAAGGUUGUACCAUGUUGCAAAGAUGAUAAAGACUCCGAAUGCCCAAAAUGUCCGACAUGUUAUGUGUCACUUGAGAAGACUGUAGAUCAUCUCCUCAAAUUGGCUGGAGGAAUAGGAUUGUUCUUUAGUUUUACUUUGCUUUUUGGUUUUCUCUUGACAAAGAAACUGAGGAAUAAAAAGAAGCAUGUCAUUUAAACCAGAACACAAUGAAGAGAAAGGCAAAUGAUCACACCAUGCAUUCAUUUAAAUGAUUAUAGUUAAAUAAUGCUAGAUGCCAGCAAAUAUUAUAUAGAUUGGAUCUUUGGUUUCAAAAUCUUGCUCAUUAACAUUAAAGGUUAAAGUUCAAAAAUACUGCAAACUUAUAUUUUGUGGUCAUCAGGGCCUAUUUAUUUAAGUAUAAAUAUUAUAUUGUGAAAGUUUGAGCUUUUUGUACAUUUACAUGCAAUUAGUUCAUGAGAUAUUAGCCCCAGGGGGCUCCCUCGUAUUUAGAGUGGGGGUGAUUGUCAUGAUUAGUGAUUCAUAUUGUGUUACAGUCAAGCAACCAUUAUCAUCUGUAUUAUAACACUUGUGAUUAUAAGUCCAAUAAAGAUAGUUGAAUCAUACACUGACCAAGUGAUCAUUACAUGGUAUCAAAAAGAGCUUACUACAUGGAGGGUCUUAAACCCCCCAAAACCUUGUCCUUUGCGGCCGAAAAUUGGAGAAGUUGGAUUCAACAAUUUGACUUAUAUUUUAUAUUUGUUAUUUCACUUUAGAGCAAUUUUUUAAUCCAUGAAAUAAAAGCUAAAUAGUUUUUAACAAUUAGAGUACAAACCCUAAAACUGUGCAACAUAAAUACCUUAMUUAUGCUAAUUCUAUUGUUUUGUAUUGUUUAAUUAACACUAUUUUGUAGUAAAUAGUGGGGUCACGGUAAUAAAGUCUACAAUUCAGUAUUGCGUGUAUUAAUAUUAUGGGUAA